AUGAAGUUACUAUUGUCGAUAUCUCUUCUGCGGACACUUUGCGCAGCAAUCCAGCCAUCUGCCCCACGGGCAUUAGAAGCUCCAAUACGCGAUUUACAAUGGGGUCAACUAAAUUUCCUGCACACGACUGAUAUUCAUGGAUGGUUCGCUGGACACCUUAAUGAACCCUCGUACUCGGCGGACUGGGGCGACUAUGUCUCAUUUGUGCAUUGGAUGCGACAAAAGGCCGAGUCUCAAGGUCAGGAUCUGCUAGUGAUUGAUACUGGUGAUCGAGUCGAAGGGAAUGGACUUUAUGAUGCCUCAACCCCUAAGGGUAUUUACACUUCCGAGAUUUUGUCACGCAUGGAAUUUGAUGUGAUAACAACGGGAAAUCAUGAGCUCUACAAGCAAGAAACAUCCGAUGUUGAAUUCAAUCUGACAGUUCCAAGAUACCGAGGGAGUUAUCUUGCUUCGAAUUUAAAAAUGAUUGAUCCGUCCACAGGGAAGUUGAUUCCAUUCGCGGCCCCAUUCAAGAAGUUUACUACGAAGGCCCAAGGAACUCGAGUCAUGGCAUUUGGUUUCAUUUUCGACUUUCACAAAAACGCCAACAACACUAUCGUUCAAGAUCUGGAGGACUGUGUCAAUGAAGAUUGGUUCCAAGAAGCCAUUCAACAGUCAGACAUUGACCUCUUCUUGAUCACGGGCCACCUUCCAGUUAAUGAUGCAAAAACCAUCGUCCGCGAGAUUCGUCGCUACCAGGAUACACCAGUUCAAAUAUUUGGUGGCCACCUACAUGUGCGAGACUUUACUAUUUACGAUUCAAGCUCGACGGGGUUAGCAAGCGGUCGAUUCAUGGAAACCGUUGGCUUUCUGUCAAUCGACGGUCUCUCGAAUGGCACCCACGAAGCCAAGUUAAAAGAACCACAAUUCCAUCGCAGGUACAUUGACAACAAUUUGUUUUCUUUCUAUCACCACACUGGCUUGAAUGAAACGACUUUCCCGACUGAACUUGGUCAGAACACAAGCAAUCUCAUUGCCGCCUCACGGCACGCUUUGAGCCUCGAUUAUGUUUAUGGCUGUGCCCCAAAGUCUCUUUGGAUGGAUCGCGUGGAGUAUCCCAGUGAUGACAAUAUCUAUACCUGGCUUGAAGAUGUGAUUCGAUUUUCCUUCAAGAGAAAGUCACAUAAGAAUCCAAUCUUCGCUCUAGUCAACACCGGAUCUCUUCGAUUUGACAUAUUCCGUGGUCCCUUUACCAAAGACAACGCUUUCAUUAUCUCUCCAUUUACCAGCGGCUUCCGAAUCUUACCCGGCGUGCCGUACUCGAAAGCGAAACAGAUUAUGGUGAUACUGAAUCGGAAAUCGGCCUCCGGUGAUAUGUACGAUGCAAAAGACACAUUACGCCGCAUGUCCCUUCCUCGAAAUCAGCAGGUGUUGAGCUCCAAAGAGCCUGUCAUUCGUCCAGGUCACAUGACAAUUGACGCAGGAGGGGCAGAUGGUGAUGAUACGAUACAUUCGCCGGUUCCCCUGUACCCUAUACCCAAAUGUUUGGGAACUCUCAUCAGCCCGGAUGGUAUAACACCGACUCGCGUCGAUCUGGUAUAUGUUGAUUUUAUCGAGAGCAAAAUCGCUGCCGCUGCAAAGGAAAUUCGGCUCGGGGUCGAUGUGUUGCGUGCGAGUAGCACUUACCUUCCUUCGACAGCCAUAUCCGACCUUAUAAUUGAUUGGGUCCAAAACAACUGGAGCUGCGAUCAAGGAUAG